AUGGUUAUUCAAAUAAUCAUAACGUUUUCUAUUCUGCUUCUAUUUCUAAUUCUAAUCGGUUCCAUUUUGACUUAUUAUAAUAUUUCAAUAUUUGUUUUCUCAAAAAAUGACAAAAUCAAAGGAUUUGUGAAAAAUCGAGUCGGGAAAUGGUAUGGAAUUGUGACCUUGAUUGUCCUACUUGUGGUGAUUUGUGUUGGCGGAAUUGCGAUUUAUUUUUGGGAGUAUCAAGCUGGCGAUUUGAAGAUUCGUGGAUGUGAUGGAGAUUUGGAACAUCCGAUGGUUUUACUUAACACAUCGGAAUCUCUUCUAAUCUCCUCACAUUUUUCAAUGUCUCGAGUCAAAACAACAAUAAAUGAUUUCAAAAGCAAUGUUCUUAAUCAUUUGAAUAAUGCAAAAAUGAAGAAGUUUUUUGAAGCAAGUUGAAUAAAAAACUUUAGAGUAUAAUAAAAAUAAUUAUUAUUUCAGAAUCUGAAUAUUUUCCUUGGUUUGGUUGAAAAUUGGACUGUGUUAUGUGAAGAAGCAGAAAGAAAAUUGGUUGAAUUGAAUGGCAAGAGCUGUAUGUUAAGUGUGAGAAAACAAUCGGCAGAGUUGUUUGGAUUGUUGAAUUCAACAGUUUGGAAUGAAGUCACAUCUUCGAGUACAGUUGAUGGUUUGAACAAUUAUUUGGUGGGAGAAGUUUCGAAGUUGUAUAGCGCUCUUGAAGAAAAUUCUGAAAAUAUGAAUUCGCAUAUAGAUGAUCUCAGCGUAAGUUUGGAUUUUUGAAUAAAAUUUGAAUUACGAGUGUUCUAUUCGAAAUAUCAUAUAAAUUUCCAGAAUAUAGUUAAGAAAAACCAGAAAGAUUUGACGAAAACCGGAAAAUUCAUCGAAGAUGGCUUUGUCUCGGAAUUUGGAACGUUAAGCAAAAUUAUAUCCAAAUUGCUCAUAUCAAUGUUCACCACAAUUUCUGCGUUAUUAAUUAUAUCUAUUUUGAUUGCAAUUUUGCUCAAGUCCAAAUUAUUCUUCAAAAUUUGCAGUUAUACUGGAUAUUUAUCAUUUUUAACAGUAUUCUCCUAUACUUUGAUGGUGCUAUUUGUGAUUAUCUCAAAUAUCCCUUUAUUACAUUGGUGUCCAUUUUCAAAUGAAACCCAAUUGAACGAGAGUUUUUCAGCCAAUGAAAACUACUGUAUAUCUAUACAUUCUUCACUUUUCACUCAAACAUCGUCUCAAUUGAAUUCGCCCAGUGCUACUUUUAUGCGAAAUUCUAAAAGUAUGAUUUUGGAAUUUGAGAAGAAUCUUCUGAGAGAAAUUGACACCACAAUUCAAUUUAUGAAUAUCUCGUUUUCAAAAGUUCUGGUUAACAAAGCGCAUUCGAAAAGAGCAGCCGGAUUCAAGGUUAGAUGUAGUGUGGAAGAAGUUAAGAUGGUGAAGAAAUUAAACGAUAAAUUGAUGAAAGCUGCAAAGGAUUAUAAGAAGUAUAAAAGGAAACUGGUGAAAGAUGGUUCAGGAAUUUAUGACGAGUUAGGAUAUAUGUUGCAGAAUAUUACCAGAUAUUCGAAUGAUUUUGUGACUCAAAUAAAUGGUCAUAUUUUAAAUUCGGUUGAAACUAUUCAAGUGAGUUUGAAAAUAUAUACAUAUUUAUUACAAAAGAUCUUCUCAUGAAAGAAUUUUGAAUUCAAAUUUUUCAGAAAAAUAUUGAAAAAUCCAAUUUUCCAUGCGAUUCAUUUUUGGAAUCUUUCCAAAAAUGUAAAUCAAACAUUUGUGCAAAUAUGGUCGAUUUGAAUCUUGAAUUGUUAAGUUAUUGGUAUUUUAUAGCAGUGAUUUUUAUUUUGUUGACAAUUUCUGGACCGAUUAUUGGAAUUUGGGGAAGCGCUGAAUGUUUGAAGCUGGAAAAUGGUGAUGUUAAAAAUCCACCUGGAUUUGAUGCAGAAUCGAAGAUAAAGACCAAAUCAAGAACUAAGACUAAAACUCAAAUCAAACCAAAAACCAAAAAUGCGAGAAAAUCGAAACUUGUGCAAAAGAAAUGA